GUUUUCCCGACGGUAAAAAAUAUUUUGAACGAUCUGUAUCCAAAUUCGGAAUUUAUUGGUACGUAAUUAUUUAUACUGACGGAGUAUGCUUUUGCGCACUGAUCUGCUAUGAUGGUCAGGGUCAAAACAGUGAAGUGACCUCGUAAUUUUUGGCGCGGUUAUUGUUGUUCCAACAUGUGGGGAUAAGGAAAUUUUGUCGGUGUUUGUUAAUAUCUGUCACAAAUAUAUACGCAGUUCAGUUCCAUUGUGGUGUAAGGAUCAUAUUGUACGCAAAAGGAAUCGCUGUUGGGCUGUAAUGGUCGAUCUCCGAUGAAAUCUCGGGCGAUUUCAAAGCUCGUCUAAGAUUUGUCAUCAUUAUUAACUUUGAAAAUCUGCAAAAGAAGUAAAAUGAAUGGUGAAAUACCAAGUGUACCAAUUACCACACUUGCUGGGGUAGCAAGUCUGACGGACUUGCUUCCUGAAUUACCACUGCCGUCACCAUUGCCUGCUACCCUGGGCAACAAAAGUUUGCUGUAUAAUCCUAGAGUCUCUGAAGAGGCGAGAAGAAUUCUGUCUACUCCAGAUGAGAAUUUAGUUCCUCAGCUCUUGCAUGCUCUUGGGCAAACCAGCACAGAUCACAUAGAAUUGAAAGAUAAAUCAAUUGGUGAUGAUAUUGAAGGAGAUGUACCUGCUCUACUUCAGGCAAUAUUGGCGCAAAAUCCAAAUGCCUUCAAGCAAAAGAGUCAAAUGGAGAGAAUUGGUGGAGUGUCUCCGAGACAGCCCAUGCAACCAUCUCCAUAUUAUCAGCAGUCUCCUGAUGCAAUGGUACAGCACUCUCCAUAUCAGAGAGGGCAUACACCGAUGCAAGGCAGUCCUUCUGCAGGUUUUCCUCAAGGAAGUCCAUCAAGAUUUCCACAAGGUAGCCCAGUACCAAAGUUUACCCAAAGCAGUCCACAGAGAUUUCCACAGAGUCCAAAUAAAUUCCAACAGUACCCAUUUCCACAGCAGCAAAACCUAAGUCAAGGUUCUCCAGCUCCUGCACCACAAACAUCAAUCAAUGGUUUCCCCGGUUCUCAAUAUUCACCGGCAACAGCUCCUAGUCCUGCGGUACCUGCUGUGUCUCCUGGUGUUAUGUCACCUCCACACCCAAGGACAAGACCUCCACACAGUCCUGGGGCGGCAGUUUCGGCUUCGUCGCCAGGAAGUAGUGGAAAACCCUUCCAGAGACAAAAACAACACCUACAGCAGUUGCCGCCGCCACACCAACAUAAACAACCACCGCCACCACAUCCUCCACCAUUGCAUCAGAAAAAGGAACAGGAGACAUCACUAUCUUGCCAGGUUUCUCGACAACACCAAUCCAAACUAGAACGUGAAAAAAACAGUGAAAUUGAUCAUAAACAAAAUAAUGUUGCCAUACUAGAACAAUCUGCGACUGUGGAUCAGUCGUGUGAAAAUGAUGUGAAUCUCAUUUCACCAUUAAAAAGGACAGAAAGAAAUAAAAGUAAUGAACAAUCACUGAAUCUGGAUUUUAGGGAGAAAACUCCCACUGGUCAAAGAAGAAAAUCCAGCUCUAGUGUUAAAAGUGGACCAGUUGUCCUUCUCCAGCCACUUACAGAAGCAGAGAAAGCACUAGCAAGGAAGAGUGCCACAGCUUUCCAGUGUAAGACGCCGACAUCACUGCCGAAACCUAUGGUCAGAUUAGAGAGGCUUGAUCUUUCAGCCUUUUCGGGUGGCAAAGAUUCCCCUGCAAGGGAAAGGCUUACGCUGAAGUUAUCAAAAAGAAAGUCUGGACGACCCAGGAAACAACCAGAUGAGAUCCUGCCUGAGUUGAACCUUGAUGAACCAAUGACUCCAAGUCCACAAUUGGUUAGAGGAAAGAAGAGGCCAAGAUACAGUGAAAUGUCAAGUAGCAGUAGUGAGAGUAGUAGUUCUGCAGCUGAAGUGGAAAGUAUUGAAAGUGAUGAUAGUGACGGUUCUUCUGUUGAAGAUCAUCGAAGGCGUAGGAAGAAAAGUGGGAAAUCACGUCGUAUAAUGGAUGAUGAAGAAAUGAUGGAAAGUUCCACGUUCAAGAGAUUCACUAAUGCAAUGGAAAGUGUAUUUGAACAGUCUGAGGAAAUGGAUUUAACUGUUGAUAUGGAUGAUGAAGCCAAUUGCUCACCUGACUUACUCAUAUCAAAAGGUUUACUCUAUGAACUCAGCAGUCAAGCAGCCAAAUUAAAAUCUAUGGAGGUUAUGAAUAAGAUUGCCCCAGAUAAACUUGUGAGGCUUUUAAAUAUAUUGGAGAGAAAUAUUAGAGAUGGGAGUAAACUACAACCAACCAUGAACCAGGUUGAUGAGGGUAAACAUGAACAGAAAUUGUGGCGCGAGUUGACAAUGGAUCGUGUUAUGCGAUCACUAGAUGCAGGUCUAACAUCAAUGUAUAUCAUGACUGCUGAUAACAUGCCAAAAGAAGUAUAUUUAGAAGAUGUAAUUGAAAGGUUGGCAUCAUUGGUGAAGUUCCAGCUUCUUAAUACAAUCUACCCAGAAUAUGAUCCAGUGUAUAGGAUGUCAUCCACUGAUAGAGAUGGUUGUAUGAGCAAUAUGAAAAUGAAACGUGCCAGAGCACAUGGUACAAAGGAGAAAUCAGUUAUAGCCAUGUAUAAUAAACUGUGUGAACUUGUCUCCAAUUUUGGUGAUCUCCUAGAAGUUCAGACACUCACCGAUACCACAGUAUUACAAAUCUCAUCUAUUGGCUUGGCUCCAUUCUUUGUUGAGAAUGUGAGUGAACUACAACUUAGUGCUAUGAAACUUAUCACAGGGGUAUUCUCUAACUACGAAAAACACAGGCAGCUUAUUUUAGAAGAUAUAUUUGCAUCACUAGCAAGACUUCCAUCAAGCAAGAAGAAUCUCAGGAACUUCAGGCUAAAUGCUGAUCAGAAUAUUCAGAUGGUGACUGCUUUAGUGUUACAGUUGAUACAAUGUAUAGUAACACUGCCAUGUGAUGAAGAAAAUGAACCUCGUGAUGAUGAUGAUGAAGAUUCAGAAGAUGAAAGAAAAGAUGAUGUUGAUAAAGAUGUUAGUAUUUUAAGUCACUAUGAGAGUGCUCUCAGAGUGUCGCAAAAUUUCCUCUCAGUCUUCCUCAAAAAGUGUACAAAUAAAGAUGAAGAAGACUACCGUCCAUUGUUUGAAAAUUUUGUUCAAGAUUUGCUCUCCACUGUCAAUAAACCAGAGUGGCCUGCUGCUGAGGUGUUCCUCAGUUUACUUGGUAGACUACUUGUACAUCAUUUCAGUAACAGGUCUAACGAUAUGACCCUGAGAGUGUCCUCCUUGGAUUAUUUAGGCCUAGUUGCUAGUCGGUUGAGAAGAGAUGCAGUCACAAGUCAACUUGAUCAGCAUACGAUUGAUUCUAUUGUUAAAGGGGGAAAAGAAUCAGAUAGUGAUUCAUCUUCAGAUGAGAGUUCUGAAUCGUCAGAUAGUUCAGCAGAUCAUGUACAGUGUCUUCAGCGUGCAAUGUUAAAUUACCUAGCAUAUCAUGGACAGAACGAGCCAGCUUUAUUGUUUGCCAGACAGUUUUAUAUAGCUCAGUGGUUUCGAGAUACAUCAACAGAAGUGGAAAAAACGAUAAAAGCUCAAGAAACAAUGGAAGACACCACAGAGGUUCUUCAAUCAAUGGAAAAACGGAAACUGUUCUUAAUAGAUAUGAUUAAAAUCAAUAGUAGACCUUUUGCAUCAAUUAGGCAAUCAAAUAACAAACUGACAUAUGAAAAUGCCAGUUUGGUUGCGAGGUAUUUAACUGCGAAUAGACCCUUUUCUCAGAGUUUUGAUAUUUAUCUUAGCCAGAUUCUUAGAGUACUUAGUGAACAAGCUGUAGCUGUUCGAACAAAAGCUGUGAGAUGCCUAACGCAAGUAGUUGAAGCUGAUCCCAGUAUGCUUGCCAGGCCUGACAUGGAGCGAGGAGUUCAUGGUAGAUUUAUGGAUCAUUCAACAAGUGUUAGGGAAGCUGCUGUUGAGUUGGUUGGCAAGUUUGUUUUGAUGAGACCUGAGCUGAUACCCCAGUAUUACAACAUGUUGUUAGAAAGGAUUCUGGAUACUGGUAUCAGUGUUCGUAAGCGUGUCAUUAAAAUACUCAGGGACAUUUGUAUAGAACAUCCAGACUUCCCCAAGGUGCCUGAAAUGUGUGUCAGGAUGAUAAGGAGGGUCAAUGAUGAAGAAGGUAUUAAGAAACUGGUAAAUGAAACAUUCCAGAAGAUGUGGUUUACUCCAUUGCUAGCUUCUGACUCAACAGGGCUUCUAAGACGAGUGCAUCAUAUCACAGAUGUUGUCACAGCAUGUAAAGAAAGUGGUUAUGAAUGGUUUGAACAGCUACUUUGUAAUUCACUAAUGUUACAGAAUGGGAAAGCAGGUCCUGAAAGAGACCCAGCUAGGAAGCUGAUGAGAGUGGAGUCAAGUGUACAAAGUAGAACGGUGUAUCGAGCAUGUGUACAGAUAGUAGAUUGUCUGGUGGAAAAUGUGCUACGACUAGAAGAGAAAGCAGCUGAAAUGUCUGCAGAGGGCAAGAAUACAAGCAGCCACAGAUUGGUGUCCUGUAUGCAGACAUUAUUUUUGUUUGCCAAAAUAAAGCCAAUUCUUUUAGUGGACCAUGCAACAACUCUUCAACCCUACCUCACCACCAAGUGCAGCACGACUGGUGAUUACUUAGUUUUGUUCAAUGUGGCCAAAACUCUUGAACUAGUUGUUCCAUUGAUGGACCAUCCAAGCGAGAUAUUCCUUGCUACACUUGAGGAGGAUCUCAUGAAACUUAUCAUUAAACAUGGGCAAAUGGUGCUGCAGAGUUGUGUUAGUUGUUUAGCAUCUGUUGUAAAUAAUGUGACGCAUAAUUACAAACUUGUUAAAGACUGCUUCCAGAAGUUCUUUGGUGUUCUUUCAAAGAUCAAGAAUGAACUCACUCAAAAUCCUGCAAGUACAGCCCUGAUUACUAACAAGCCACCAUUACUCAGGUCAUUAUUUACAGUAGGUUUGUUCUGUAGACAUUUUAACUUUGAAAAAGACAUCAAGGCUUCCAGUAAGGUAUCUGUUAAAGACCGUGUAUUUGAAGUACUCUUAUUUUUUGUAUCAAAGUCUGAUGAAGAAAUCAAAGUGAAAGCGUUUCAGGGUAUUGGUUUCUUCCUAGUUACAUUUGCAGACAUUAUGCUUGGCUCCAAAAUGAAACAGUUAUACAAUGAUGUUCUUGACGAUCCCGAUAGCCCUGUCAAACUCAAAGCACAGGUACUUCGGAAUCUGACAUUAUAUCUAACUGAUGAAGAAGAAAAGAUGAGGCAAGCAGAUGUUGAAUGGAAGAAAAUUCGACAAAAUGAAGAUUUGAAAGAACUGGGUGAUAUUCAUUCAGGGAUGAGCAGUUCAGUUAUGCAGGUGUAUCUGAAACAAGUUAUGGAGUCUUUCUUUCAUACAGACUCAACAGUUAGAAUGUGUGCCUUACAAGUUAUUCACCUUGUACUUAGACAAGGUUUGGUGCAUCCUGUACAGUGUAUUCCGUAUCUGGUUGCGAUGUGUACAGAUUACCGGGAACCAACUAUCUGCAUAAAAGCUGAACAACAACUGUCGGAUAUAGAUAGCAAAUAUCCUGGUUUCAUCCAUAUGAAAGCAUUGGCCGGUAUUAGGAUGUCAUAUCGGUUGCAGCAGCUCAUUAAUGGGGAUACAUUGGAACCUCUUAGAGGUACAAACUUUGAUGAGCACACAAGCAGUUUAUGUUCACAUCUCUACACCUUGAUCCGAUCCAAUAGACUUCACAGAAGAGCUUUACUGUUGAAUCUUCUUAAUCUUUUUGAUGAGCAGUCGAAAAACCAACUAGGUCUGUUAGUAUAUGUGGCUGAUAAUCUUGCAUAUUUCCCAUAUAAUGUUCAUGAUGAACCCUUAUUUAUUAUGCAUUAUAUAGAAAUCAUUGUAUCGGUAUCUGGUGCAAAUUUAUUACAAUCGUUUAAAGAGUGUUUGUUCAGGUCAAAAUCAGUUCAACAAAAUGCUCAGCAAAAUGGUUCUAGACCACCUUCUAGAACAAGCAAUGGUGCUAAAUCCCCAGAGCCAGAGCCAGAGCCACAACCAGAGCAGGAACCGGAACCAGAACCUGAAACUGAAAGGGAGCAGGAACCAAUGCCUCUACCAGAAAACGAGAAUGACAUCAAGAAUGAAAAUGAAAAUGUGGGUGAAAAUGAAGUUGUACCACAACCAGACGCAGAACCUGUGCUUGUGCCAGUACUCUUAGAUGAUGAGGAUGAAGUUGACAUUGAUCUUCUCAUGCAAAGGAUACCAGAAAAUCCUAAAGCUCUUCUGGACUGUUGUGCUGCUUCUCAAGCGUGCAUGGUUCUACUUGUUCUUAAACAACAUCUGAAGGACACUUUUGGAUUUAGAGACAGCACUAUUCACAGGUAUUCCCCUACUGAGGCAGCCAAGGUGUAUGACAAAGCACUCAACAGGAAGCAUGGGUUGACCUUUAACCCUGAACGAGCUUUACAGUUUUUGAGGCAAGGCGUUCCACAAGUGCCACUUUCGGAUGAAGCAAAGAAAGAUAUUGUUUCUGAAUACCUGGAUUUCAAAGCAUUGAUGGAGAUGUUGGAUCCUGCUGAAGAUGAAGAAGAAACUGGCAGAGCUAGUCCCAAAAUUGCAGAAGCAACUAAUGCCAGAACACCACAACCUACAACUGGAUCUGCAUGUGGUACUGCCAGUCCAGGAGGAGCAGACCAACCAAAUGCAACAGAUAAUAAAGAUGAAAAUAAUACGGGUAAACAAGAGACAACGACUGUGGAUCUAGCUGCUCCUAUACAAAGUCUAGUUACGAAUAUUGGAUUAGACAGGACACCGUAUCCAUACAACCUGCAGGUUACAAAGCAUCCAAAGAGAUCAAAACCGAAGCCAAAGCCAAAGCCAAAGAAACCAAGACACAGAAAGAGGAAAAGAUUUUCUUUGGAUGUCAGUGAUGGAGACAGCGGUUCCAGUGAUCCAGACUUCAUUGUGUAACCGAGAAUGAGAAAUCUAGGAACGGGAAUAUUUAUCACAGUACUUUAAAAGUGAAUCUAAUUCCAAAACUUUAAUGUGAUUGAAGGAUUAAAUUUAUCUAUUGUGCUUGCAUUUUUGGAGGAACUGAACCUUUUCAAGACUUACUUAAUCCUAAUCAUCGGCUAGAAGAGCCCAUGGAACGAUAAUGAUUCAGACAUCUAACUAUCAUCUGUGGAUUCAAACAAUAAAUACAUUCCGGUCCUAAUCAACUUUAAUGUCGGAUGAAGAUAUUACCUUUGCGCUGUGGUCAACAAUUAGGAAUGUUGCUCUUUUAUGUACAGCAGAAUUGAGGGGAUGGCUUCAAAAACUUUGCUUAAUGAAAUGCAUGAUGUUCACAAACCUCCCCAAAUGUCUUAUUUCAGCUGUUUUACUUGUGUACCAGAUUCUACCAUGAACUCAGUAAUACUAUUUGUAAAUACCAUUUUUGUCACAUACUUUAUUUUGGAGAUCAUAGUUACUGUGUUCAUCACUUAUUCUUUGAUUUACACAUGAACAAUGGGGGAGGCUGUACAGAGAUAGCAUUUGUGAAGCUAGAAAAUUUUACAUUGUAUGUUUGACAUAUAACUGAACUAGAUUUAAACUAGUGUAUCAUAUUGCAACAAAUUAUACAGCUUUCUUAUACUAUUUAAUAAAAAAUACCAUUAAUUUAUGUCUCUUGUACUAUAUAGGACUAAGUUCUUUUUUUGAAAAAUGAUAUGCAAUCAUAAAAGAAUUUAGAAUUUGCAUCUAAAUUAUAAAGAAAAAACUGAGACAUUUGAAUUCUUUAAAAUUGCUAUUUUUAUUAUCAAGGGUUAUGUAGCUGUAGAUACAAAGUCGCUAAUUCUGUAGUUAGAGAAAUUUUCCUGUAACUUUUUAAAAAGAACAUGUUUAUACAGUUUAUACUGCAUCUUAUUUUCAAUUUUUCCAAGUGUUGAGAAAACUCUGCCACUUUUA